UUACAAAGGUCCUCCUGCCAAGGGAAGAAAAUGAGUGCGGCUUUUUUCCGGUAACGGCGGCUCCCGACAGAGAAGGCCGGAAAUUGCCCUGUCAGGAGCCCGGUGGUUGCUAAAGCGCGUGCUGUUCGCUGCUUGACCACUGCUUGCUAAGAUCGUGUUUCACUUUCGGGCAAAAGCCUGCUCAAAAUGCAAAGUGAGAACCUGGAACCAGUAAAUUACUACGUUGGAAUUGAUGUUGGCACAGCAAGUGUCCGUGCGGCUUUGGUAGACCAGUUUGGCACGAUAGUGGCUUAUGCAGACAAGCCAAUUCAAAUUUGGGCACCACAACCUGAUUAUUAUGAACAAUCCUCUGAUGACAUCUGGGCAGCUUGUUGUAUAGUCACAAAGAAAAUUACCCAAGGAAUAGAUAUUUCCCAGAUUCGAGGACUUGGCUUUGAUGCUACCUGUUCCCUUGUUGUUUUGGAUAGCCAUUUUCAUCCUUUGGCAGUCAACUCUGAAGGAGAACACAGAAGAAACAUCAUCAUGUGGAUGGACCAUCGUGCAGCAAAUCAAGUAGCACACAUCAAUGAGAUGCAGCAUAAUGUGUUGUGCUUUGUUGGUGGUGUGAUGUCAGUUGAGAUGCAGCCACCUAAAUUGCUAUGGAUGAAAGAAAAUUUGCGAGAGUCUUGCUGGCAAAAGGCAGGGUACUUCUUUGAUCUUCCGGAUUUCUUAUCAUGGAAGGCAACAGGUGCUACAGCAAGAUCUUUGUGUACACUUGUAUGUAAAUGGACAUACUCUUCAGAAAAUGGCUGGGAUGAUAGUUUUUGGAAGUUGAUUGGAUUAGAAGAUCUGGUGGCAAAUAAAUAUUCAAAAAUAGGAAAUGAAGUUCUCCCUCCAGGAACUCCAGUUGGAAACGGAUUAACAUCAGAAGCUGCAAAAGAUCUUGGCCUUUCUAAGGGAAUUGCUGUAGCCGCCUCUCUUAUUGAUGCACAUGCUGGAGGACUAGGCAUGAUUGGAGCCAAUGUGAAAGGACUUAACUUGCCCUGUGAAAAUCAGCCAAUUACUUCCCGAUUGGCUAUAAUAUGUGGGACAUCAUCAUGCCACAUGGCGGUUAGCAAGUUCCCUAUAUUUGUCCCUGGUGUUUGGGGACCUUAUUAUUCAGCAAUGGUGCCAGGAUUGUGGCUAAAUGAAGGAGGUCAAAGUGUAACAGGGAAACUGAUAGAGCAUAUUGUCCAAGGACAUGCUGCAUUCCCAGAACUUCAAACAAAAUCUGCAGCCAGAGCUCAAAGUAUAUAUACAUACUUGAAUGGUCACCUGGAUCUGAUUAAGAAAUCUUUGCCUGUGGGUUUCCUCACUGUUGAUUUACAUGUUUGGCCAGAUUUCCAUGGCAACCGAUCUCCCCUUGCAGAUUUGACUCUAAAGGGCAUGGUAGUGGGACUGACAUUAUCUCAAAGUCUUGAUGACCUUGCUCUUAUUUAUCUAGCUACAAUUCAAGCCAUUGCGUUGGGAACCAGACAUAUUGUAGAAACAAUGCAAGUCGCAGGGCAUCAAAUCAACACUCUGUUUAUGUGUGGUGGUCUGAGCAAGAACCCUCUCUUUGUCCAAAUGCAUGCAGACAUAGUUGGCAUGCCUGUUGUCCUGGCCCAAGAAAUGGAGUCUGUGCUAAUGGGUGCUGCUAUUCUUGGAGCCUGUGCUUCUAAAGAUUUUGCUUCCCUGCAGGAUGCUAUGGAGAAAAUGGAGAAAAUUGGACGAAUUGUGUUGCCAAACCACAAGGAUAAAAGAUUUUAUGACAAGAAAUACCAAGUGUUUCUAAAACUUGCAGAAGAUCAGAGAGACUAUAAAUCCAUCAUGCAGAAUGCACAGUCAGCAUAAAGAAGAAUCACCUUUGGAGGUCUGAUUGAUUCCAUUGACUUUCCUGAUUAUUUUAGCUAUUUACACUGAUAAGAAACAUUGCAGUAAGAAUAAAAAUACUUAAUAACCUAUUGAAUAUGAAUGGAGAUGCAUUUUAUUAAGGUGAUAAUCAUGGUACAAACUUAUCAAAUCUACAUUUCCUGAAUCAGUGUAUCAACCAGAAAUGCAGUUAGCAUUCAGUGUUCACCCUUCCAAGAACUGUAUAGUCCAAUUUGUUAAAAAGCUUGCUAAAAUAUGUACAUUAGGCGAAAGUGUAUAAAAAGUGGUAUAUUAGAUAAAAUAUGCAAAAAAACUGCAUGUCAUCUCCCAUGCAUUUUUAAAAUUUGCAAACUGAUAUGAAAAUAAAAUAAAACAAACUAAAGUUUGGAAAAGAAAAGACAACAUUAUAAAUUUACCUUUGUUGCUCAGGCUUUCCAUUUAAUGCCAAAAACUAAAUUGGAGGAAAGGUUUGUUCUUGUUGUUUAUUGUUGCUCCCAUUAAUAAAAUAAAGAGUCAUAGUGUGAUGCUAUGAGAACCAAGAGCUAGGAAGACAUACCACCCAAUGAACUCUGUAGAGCAGAGUUGGAUGAAAUUUUACACCAUAUCUUUUUCUACUCACAACCAGUGUGAUUUUAAAUAUGUCUUAAAACAUAUUUGUCUGCCCUUCGAGGUAGAUCAAGUCUGGAAACAUACUCCACAAUAAUGUUGGACUCUACUUUAUAGAUAUAUGCUAGAGUAACAGAAUCUUAAAAACUUGGCUGUGUUUUCCUAUGCAUCUCUCUUAUACCCCAGGAAAUUAAGGCAGAAUCUGUUUGAUGUUGUCUAAUGUUGUCCUUACUUCCUGGGCUAAAUAAAUGCAUAGUUUCUCCAAGGUGAAUUCUGUGGCUCUCUACAGUAUUGCUGUUAAUGUUCUUAUCAAAAUUAAUACAGAUCAUUCAUACAUUUUUUCAGUAUAAUACUCUAUUCAGUUAUUUUAGCUGAUCAAUUAAUCUGAAGUUUGCUCAAUUACUCAAGUCUCUAUGAGAUAAACAUAAAAUUUUAAGGGCACAUCCAAUAAAUUCCUCUGCUCCAGCUCAUAAUCUCCUGAGUUUCUCAUUAUUGUUAUCUACAUAAUGUCUUUUCUGUAUAUGGUCUGUUGCCUAUACAUUUUUAAUUCUCCACCAGAAAGGAAUAAUACAUUAUUUAGAUAACAUCUUACAAUUUGUUUCAAAUAAUUAGAUCUCUUUUACACUGAGCAGUCCAAAACAUAUUCCAGAAUAUUCACUUUGUAGCACCAGCUUGGGAUAAAAUGAAGCAAAGUUGCAUCAGAAUUGGCUGAUGAAGAAGAAGAAUUAAUAAUGACUACCUGAGAGAUUUUGAUUUAUAUAAAUAGUUUAUGUUCCCCUGCAACAUUGUUUCUCAAAACUAGCUUUCUUGCUUUGGAUUUGCUAAUCUAUUAUUACAGUAUGUAAUUCAGAGUGAUUUUUACAAAAAUCCUGGUGUAUAUAUGAUAUAAAAAGAAAUAAUGCAACUCCCAGAACACUGUAAAGAAUAUGAUAUUCAUAGAAGUAUACAUAUAAUAUUUAUAUUUAGAUAAAUACAAAUUUAUGCACAACUAUUGUAUAAACAGCUUGUGUUGCGAAGUGAUUCCAUGAGAGUCACAACACAAAAUGAUUGUACUGGUUACCUAUAAAGUGCACUCAGAGUGUUCUUUCA